GUCUUACACACACAUAGAAACCUCCGCUCAUUUCUUUCAGCCCUUUUUCAUUUUAAAAAGCUUCCUCUAUAUAUAGUCAUAUCUCUCUCCCUUUCUCUCUCUCUCUAAAUAUAAAGAGGUAUAUAUUUGUUAAUGGUAGCGUUGCCAUUUCACACUCUCUAAAGGUCAUACACCUAACAGAGGAAGAAGCCUUCCUUUUUCUCUAGGGUUUUCUUUCUUUCUUUCUUUCUUUCUUGGCCUUUACUUCAAUCCAAGAGACCAGAGGAGAAGAGGAAGAGUUCCAUUCGGUUUUGUAAUGGCGCUCUAUUCUCUCUUCAGAUCCGCGCCUUCCGCCGCCGCCGCCGCCGCCGCUACUGUGGUGGAUUCUUCUCGUCCUUCUGAUCGAUGCAAGGUGUCUUGCAUUGGUUUCAAUAGCAAUGCGGACUCACUGAAGGUUCAGACCACCAUAUUUGGUACUCCUUGUAUUGGAAAUUCAUCUUCCUUACAGAAAUGCAGUGCCAGGAGUCUCCAGCCCAUCAAAGCCACAGCCACAGAAUUGCCUCCUACAGUUCAAAAGUCAUGGAGCAGUGGGCAGACAAAGAUUGGAAUCAAUGGUUUUGGUCGAAUUGGAAGGUUGGUUUUACGAGUAGCAACCUCUAGGGAUGAUAUUGAUGUGGUAGCAGUCAAUGAUCCAUUUGUUGAUGCCAAAUACAUGGCUUACAUGUUCAAGUAUGAUUCUACUCAUGGAGUUUUCAAGGGAACCAUCAAGGUAUUGGAUGAGUCCACUUUGGAAAUCAAUGGCAAGCAGAUAAAAGUUACAAGCAAAAGGGACCCAUCAGAAAUCCCUUGGGGUGAUUAUGGGAUUGAUUAUGUUGUUGAAUCUUCUGGAGUUUUCACAACAACCGAGAAGGCUUCUGCACACAUAAAGGGUGGUGCCAAGAAAGUGGUAAUUUCAGCUCCAUCAGCUGAUGCACCGAUGUUUGUGGUAGGAGUAAAUGAGACUUCAUACAAGCCAAGCAUGAAUAUUGUUUCUAAUGCAAGCUGUACCACCAAUUGCCUUGCUCCUCUUGCCAAGGUUGUUCAUGAGGAAUUUGGUAUCGUUGAGGGUUUAAUGACAACUGUGCAUGCCACUACAGCCACACAGAAGACCGUGGAUGGGCCUUCAAUGAAGGAUUGGCGAGGGGGCCGAGGUGCUUCACAAAAUAUCAUCCCAAGCUCCACUGGUGCUGCAAAGGCUGUUGGAAAAGUCCUUCCAGAACUCAACGGAAAGCUCACUGGAAUGGCCUUCCGCGUCCCAACACCUAAUGUCUCUGUUGUGGACUUAACUUGUCGACUUAAGAAGAGUGCUACAUAUGAAGAUGUCAAAGCAGCCGUAAAGUAUGCCUCAGAGGGGCCAUUGAAGGGUAUUCUUGGAUACACGGAUGAGGAUGUUGUCUCCAAUGAUUUUGUUGGUGACUCAAGGUCAAGUAUAUUUGAUGCAAAGGCCGGGAUAGGGCUGAGUGCUUCCUUCAUGAAGCUCGUUGCAUGGUAUGACAACGAAUGGGGAUACAGGUACAACACGGCUCUCUCUCUCUUUCUCACACACACAGCAUGCAAGCCUCAGAGCUUCCAGGUGGUGCUAAUGUGAUGAUACAUAAUGGUUAUUUUCGGUUUUUCUUACAGCAACCGAGUGCUGGACCUCAUAGAGCACAUGGCAUUGGUGGCGGCCAGCAAAUGAGAACAAGAAACUAGUAGAGGUUUGCCAAACCUGCAUCUUCUCCAAUUUUUAUGCCUGCAAUGAAUAUGCUUGAAAGAGUAGGAGUUCAUAGGUGGUUUGGCCAAACUAUGAAAUAAUGAAUGAGAUUUGAACAUUAACCUGUAUGAGUUGAUGGAUAAGUGGUAUUUUUUCUUGAUUGGUGGUAUCUUUUUGAUACAAAUUAAGGUAUAAAGCAAUAGGACCUAGUUGGAUAAGUGGUAUGCGAUAGGGACCUAGUUGGAUUAGUGGUAUUUCUUCUUGAUUGGUAUCGCAUCCAAACCCAAGACAUUGAUGCGAUAUUUAAGUGCCAUGUUUUUAUUUUAUGCUUGAAAGGUAAAUGUGAAAGUCUCUUCGAUUACAGUAUGCAAUGUUUUGUCAUGAUCGUCAUCUGUCCAUCAUUUAAGAAAAUGAGAAUCAAAUGUUGUCUGUA